UGCUCCCUGAUAAAGUGGAAUAAUAAUAAUAAUAAUAGGGGCAGGAAUAUUAAAACAUGCAGCCCGCGGGCCGCCCCCACAGCUGCCAUGAGACACGGCACCGGAGCGGUGCCACUGCUGCUCAACAUGUACCUGCCAGGUACGGGCGGAUGCCGCGGCCGCUGCCCCACGGCAGCGCCGUGCCCCGCACAGCGCCCAGCCCUGCCCGCCCUGUCCCGCUGAGGCCCUGGGGCUCUCCUCUGCCCCAUCUCCUUCCAGCGCCCACCCCGUUAUCCCCUCUCCCUCUGUCCAUUCUCUCUUCCUGCCUUCCAGCGCCACAGCCAUCCCUUCCUUCUUCCUUUCAGCUGCCCUCACAGCUUUCCACACCUGCACACUCAUCUUCCCAUCCUUCGUCCACCCACCGUCGCCCUGUCCUUCCAUCUCUGCAUCCACCCUUCUUUUCUUCCAACCCAUCUUUCCACCCACCCACCCACCCUUCCCCUGAGCUUCCAUCCAUUCUUCCACCCCACCCACUUGUCCCUGCAUCCCCCUUUCCAUCCCUGGUACCAGCCAACCCCUCCAUCCACCCAACAUCCCUUCCAUCAGCCUGUUUUCCCAUCAUCUUAUCCAUUACCUGCCCUUCCAUCCAUCGAUCUCUCGCACUUUCUUUCCUCCACCUACCCACUCACCAUCGUCUCUUCUGUCCUUCCAUCCAUUCACCCAUUUCCUUCCUGCUACCCAUCUAUCCAUUUACCUGUCCUUUCCACAGCAGUGCACUCCCCAAAUGCCGACAGACAUCCUUGCUUCCACCCGCCGCUCCUGUCACCCAUCCUGCCACCCACCCGCCUCCUCUCCCUCUCCCCCUGCCCCACACCUCUCUCCCUCACUCCCUUUCUCCUCCCUACCCCAGCCCACGGGAUCGACUAUUCCUAUUUAAAAGCUUCCCCGGCUGGGUCGGAAAUCGGAUUUCCUUUUUCCUGGACGCGUUUCCUGGCUUCGCCGCAGCGGCGGGGCAGGCGAGGGGGAGCGGCCGGGGGCUGCGGGGCCGCUGCCCGCGGGUGGGCGCUGGGGUGUCGCGGUCCCGCCUGGUUCCAGCCCUCCCUCCACACCACCCGCGCUCCCUUUUCCCCCCAGAUCCAGUCGGGGAAACUUUGUUCAAAGACGGGAAGAGCCAGCCGUGGGGGUCUCUGAGCCCCGGCGUGCAGAAAGGCAGCGGGCAGAUCCAGCUGUGGCAGUUCUUGCUGGAGCUGCUUUCGGACCGGGCCAACCUGAACUGCAUCGCCUGGGAGGGCACCAACGGCGAGUUCAAGCUGAUCGACCCCGACGAGGUGGCGCGGCGCUGGGGUGAGCGCAAGAGCAAGCCCAACAUGAAUUACGACAAGCUGAGCCGGGCGCUGCGCUACUACUACGACAAGAACAUCAUGACCAAGGUGCACGGCAAGCGCUACGCCUACAAGUUCGACUUCCACGGGCUGGCCCAGGUGUGCCAGCCAGCCACCCCCGACCACGCUCUCUACAAAUUCCAGGGCAACCUGGCGCCGCUGCCCUUCUCGGGCAUCUCCAAACUCAACCUCAUGACCUCGGGAGUGACGCCGGCUGGCUUCUCCUACUGGCCUGGCUCCAGCCCGUCCCUCUACCCUGGGCACGGGCUCCAGCCCUCAGCCUCUUUCAGCGCCAUGGCAGCCUCCCACCUCAACAACAUGAACAACCACUACCAUUAGAGGCUCGGCUGGGCCACGUGGAUGCUCCAUGUCCCCGGCAGCAUGGGGCUGUGGAUUCGGGAAGCUCAGCGGGGAGGGAUGGGGAUGGGAUUGUGCCCUGCUCUCACUUGCCCCCUUUUAUGUUUGAUGUGGUGUGGGGGAUGGGGGGUGCUUGCAGGAUAGCUGGGUUUGUUCUCUGAUGUGGGUGGCUGGAGGAGGGAAGCCAUCUAAAUUUAAGAUGAGGAAGUAUCCAUGACCUGGGAACAGAUGUGGAUACCUAAGGCAGGGUGUGUAUGGAAGGAAAAACCAUGGGCUCCUCCCCUGGCAGGGACAUUGCCCCUCCUUUCCUUUGCAACAUGCUGCCCAACCAUGAAUGUCCUUAGCUCUGCCUCCAGCCUGGGCCUGCCCUCCCCAUUCCCUGCAGAGAGGAGCCAGGAGCUGGGGCCCCAGGCAGCUGUGUCCAUGAAUGAGGGUCCCACUGAGCAGGGACAAGGAAAGGGACCUUCCUUGAUCACUUGGUCCCCUCACCUUUGUCUCCAAAGCUUCAUUUUCUCCAUCCCUCCUCUAGCUGCUGCCUGAAGGUGACUUCCUUCAGACCUCAGGAGAAGCCUUGGUCUGGAGAGCAGAUGCUUUCUAUGUAUUCAUUCAGACCGAGGGCAGGGCUCUGGGGUUGGAGGUGCCAGGGACAAAUGUGAGGCUCACUGCCAGUCCUCAGGGCAAGACCAGAGCCUGGAGGCAGCGUAGCCUGGUCUCUGCAGCUCUGCCCUCUCCCCAGUGCCCAAGGCUCACACCUCAGACAGUCCCUGACACCCUGCACAUGACCUGGUCUCCUGCUCAUCACUUCCUAGAUUAAUGUUCCAGUUUUACCCCGGUUUUAGCCUCUCACAUGCAGGGCUUGGUGGGACACCCUCCAUAAGUGGGAACAUCCCCAGGGACAAGGCAGCAUGGGUGGUGGAGCAGAAGAAGGGAUCACAGCAGGCCUGGGAGCCCCAGGCAUCAAGGGGCAGCCCUGGGUCUCUCCCCCUGGGUUCAGGGAGCUGCCCCCAUCCUCUGGAGUAGGACUUUGGCCCAGUGGAUGCACAGGAGCUGGGCACGCUGAGCUCCGCACUGGCUGGGGGGUGGGAUUGGUGUUCAAUAAAACAGAGAGGUGCUGU